UCAGAAAAGCAGAACUGAGCAGCAGAGGGCUCAGUUCCCUCAGACUCUCAAACAGCACAGGGCAGGACACUGCAGGGACUGGAAGCUGACAAGCCUGUGGACUGCUGGAGGAUACAGAAUGCAAUUAAAUAUUUGUAUUUGGACAACAGUAAAAACAUACUGUUUUGACGUGACUGGGAGGGCUUUAGAAUUCUAAGGAGCUGGCUAAACAGAGUUGAAUCUUUUUGCAGAAGAUAUUAAAGUGAUUGAGAUUAUCCCCUUACAUUAGAGAAAGGCUCUGUGUUGCUGAAGAGUUUGCUGUCACUAAAUUGUACUAAUAUUGCAGAGAACCAAGUUUGAAAGGAUUAUACAAAUGAACCGGAGACACAAAAAAGCCAGCGUGAUGUUUGGCUGGCAUAAAACAUUCACUAGUCUGACUCCAUGGAGAAAAGGGAAGAACGAUAUACCUUUGGAGAGUGAAGUGGUGCUGACCAAGAUGAAGAUCCUAUCGAAUAACAUCCAAGCAGAGUUUGUGAGUGCUGAAGGGUCUCUCGCUAGUGACUCCAUCGCAGAGUCAGACGAGCCCUCAGAGAGUCAUGAGGAGCACUCUCCACCAGGGCAAGCUCAGAACAAGCCUGGCUAUUUGACACCAUACUCUGACCUCAGCACUGAGGAAUCCAAAUGCAGUAGACUGUCCAAACUGUUCAAAUUUGAAUCGGAGGACUCUGGUGUGGAGCUGCCUAGUGGAGCCAAUUCCCCUUCUACUCCUACAAGCUCGGAACAGAGCUUCAUAGUCCACAGCAGGGGCUCCUCUUGUGACUCUGGGGAUCUCAGCACUUCUCCUGCCUCCGGUCCAGUAAUGGACCACAUAUUCCUGCUGAGCAAGUGCCCAGAGAUGGAGGAGACAGAGAAUUCUGUUCAGCAGGCAGUCAGGGAGAAAAAUAUGGUAGAGUCCAAUGAGCCUCCAAGCUCUGAAAAUACCCAAGCUGCCUUCACUGAACGUCAGAAAACAGGUGGUUCUUUUUUUAACCACAGCCAUGAGAACAUUGUUGAGGAGACAGACAAGGAUGUGGAAGAGGCUUCUAGAGUGGAGGUUGCUACAGAAAUUCCCAUUGAUGAUACCAGGCCAGUUAGCAGUGGAUUCAGGGAGGCUUUUGAUGAUAUGACGGAGGGUGAUCUUGAGGAACAGCGUUUACAGAAGUAUUCCACUAGCGACAGUCUGGAUGAAUACAUGGACGAGUGCUGUAGGUUAAGUGAGGUAAACCAGGGGAAGGUGAAGGCUCUGGGCUCUGGCCUGGGAUACCUGGAGCAUAUCUGCCAGCUCAUUGAGAAGAUCGGCCAGCUCCAGGAGCACAACCGCAAACUCCAGAAGCAAAUCUGUGGCCUACAGAAAGAGAGCAGGACGAAGCAAACGAAGGAGGAGUACUUCUUGCAGCACUGUUCCUGUGGAGCAGCCAGCUUGGCAUUUCAGGAGCUGAAAAGGCAUUCAAUUCACAGGAGUGAAUUCCAUAACCCGAUGCCGUCCAGCGGCACCCUGUCUGACCUGUCAACAAUACCAGAAAUAGCCAGAACUUCUGAUAUGUUGAGGAAGAAAGGGACUGACGCACAAGCAGAGCCGGCACAUAAUCCCCUGGCGCCUGUACUAAGGAGGAGUCGAAGGAGCUGGGUGGAGACUGACCGGUGUGACAGUGAGGAGGCCCCGACCAGCACCAUCCCUCAGACACAGCCCAUGAGACGGAGUGAAAAUCACCACUGGGGGAAAGUCAAAGACUUGGUGAAGAAGACAAAGCUUAGAAACCAGAGCAGACUGGGGCUGUCAUCCAACGCACUGAAGAGAUCCUGCCCACAGCUCUACAGGCCCGAUCUGGGAUCAGCUAACCUGCCAGGGAGAGACAGAAACUCCAUGAUUGCACUGGGGAAUAAACAUGAAUACCUCUGGCCUCACUAAGCCAAACAUGCAGCAGUUCUGGGCAGUGAACUGAAGAUGUGACGAGGCUGGACAGAGUGUAUCUGGUAUAGGGUCUCACUGAAGAAGAUGGGAAAUGGAGGAGCGAAGAGGUCUUGUGAAGGACUAUAAAUAUGCACUAAAGUGUUGCAAAAUAGCAGUUUUUCCGAAUGGUGUUACAAUGUGAGAAAUGAAUCACUGAUCCAUACCAUUUUAUAAGUGGACUUUGCUGAAGAAAAUAAAAAGGGAAACAACGACAAUAUUUCUAAGGUUUUCAAAGGUUUUGUCAUUCUGUUGUUCAGAAACAAGAUAUGCAAAAUACUCAAAACCAGAAGGGCUAUACUACUUCUAAUAAUAUUAAAACAAUAACAUCAUAAAAAAGCUUUAUCAGUAUUGGUAAUAUCUAACUCUUUCAAUGUAAUGGUAUAUAAUUCUGUUUUAUUAUUAUUUUAGAGAGAGAGAGAGAGAGAGAGAGAGAGAGAGAGAGAGAGAGAGAGAGAGAGAGAGAGAGAGAGAGAGAGAGAGAGCGAGAGAGAGAGAGAGAGAGAAAGGAGAUUCCUUUAGUUAAAAUUCAGGUUUUUAUUGCAGGUUCUUUUUUUUUCUUCCUUUAAACAGUGUGAAUAGGUUUUUUGUAAUAGAUUAACUUUCUGGAUAAUGUGUAAACUAAAUGUGAAAGUACUCCUUUUGUAACAUAAUGUAUAUGCCUACAUUUUGAUGGAAUGCUCAAAGAGUGUAUAAUACAGUAUGAAAAGAAAUAUAGUUUGGAAAAAAAAAAGCAAUACCUGCUAUCUUCUAGCUUAACUGUAUUUAAAAAUGUACCUGACAAAAGCUUUACAGGGGUUAAAUCCACUAUGUCUUGGCUUGGCUGUAAAAAGAAGCACUGAUAUGAUUGGCUGUAGGUUGGUGCAUGUUGCUGCCUGUUGUAUUCCCUGAAAAUUCCUUAUGUUGUGAUUGGGUGUGAAUCAUAAGUAAGAACCAAUCAGAGGGCUGUACAGAAAUUCAACAGGAUCUGGUUAGAGUAUAGUAGGAGUUCUUUGUGAAGGAAACAGGAAAAAAAAAUGCUGGAGCUUUAAGAGCAAUAUAUUUUAUAUUAUAACCCAGUUACACAAACAAACUCUGUUAAUAUCCCUUUGAAAUAAAUAGGUAAACAAACUCACACUAAAGAGCUUUUAGUCACAAUAAUGUAAAAUGUCCCUAAUUUCCAUAUUAACCCCUCAAGCAGUACAGUAACUCAAAAAUGAGUGCUGGAGUUAGAGACAGGCAGAUAAAACAAGGUUGAUUUUGGAUACAUUUUAAUCGUGUAACAGGGACACAGAAAUACUACAGGGGCUGAAUUGCUCAUACCUGAUGCAUUGCUUCAGCUACUGUAGAGUGCAUGGGGCAGUUGUAGUAUAAAGCUGUUGUUUAUCUUUCACAUUUUUUUUUUUUACAGCAAAAGAAGCAGUUUCCACACACAGCUAUUAAAAUAUGUUGUUCAAAGAGUGUAAAAUGGACUGAUUUCCAUGUUAUUCAGUACAGUAAAGUGGAUGUCAAGAGGAAAUCAGCAGUGUGUGAA